UAAAUGAAAAUUAAUAACAAUAACAACAACGAUACGUAAAAUUCUUAGGCAUAAAAGAAUUUUAAUUAAUUGAUCAAGCUUGAGGCAGACGAUUUCAAACGAUAGUUCAAAUUUAUAGAUAAAGAGAAACUCUUUAUGGAACUUCAAAAUUACAAAAUUGAAAACAACAAUCUUAAAGAAGAGAAUACAAAGUUAAGAACACGCAUUCAAUAAACCGAAGUAAGCCAAUUACAUAUGCACAGAAAGAGCUCCUAAAUUAUGAGAGACUUUGCGAAAACAUGACAGAGUAAACACCUAAUAAGAAGAAAGCUAAUGAGCUAAUACUUAUAUAACUCAAAAAAUAGAACAAAGACCUUCAAUAGUAACUCAAAGAACGUACAGUCUAAGUUGAACACCUUAAAAAAAAUACCAAGGUCACCAAAUUUCAAGAGCUAGAGUGUGAUCGCAAGGCUUAUUUUGAUGAAACCGUGCGUAUGCGUAAACUCAUAGAAGAGAGUUAAUUAUACAUCUAAUCUAUGUUAAAGUACAUUAUCUUAAUUUUUACUUUAUAGUAAAUACAAUUAAAGUCUUUAACUUGAAGGUGAAGUUUAGAAGCUACUCAAAACAAAUGAAAAUCUGAUUGCUGAAAAUAAAGCUCUUAAUUAAAAGGGUCAAUAAUCAGAUGAAUUGAUGCGUUAGUUAUAAGUACUAUGUCGAUAAAUUUAUUUAGCAAUUGUACAAGGUGAAUUAAUAGAAACAGUAAGCAUUAGACAAAUAAAUAUAAGAUCUAAAAAACCAAAUUAAGAAAUUAUAGACAGAUAAAACAAAUCUUAAAUAGACAAUUAAAUAGAUGCAGGAAGCAUAAUAUUAACAUCUUUAAUAAUCGAAACCAAAAAAGGAACUUACUCCUAGACCAGUUUAAUUACCAAAUUAAAUAUUGGAGGAAUUACGAUUUAAAUUGAUAUACAGAGGUAUAACAGUAGAGUAGUUUGCUGAAAUGUUGGAAGGAUUGAAAUAAUAAGCAAGAGAAUAAAAUGUGACUGUAAAAGUAGAUGAUUUACAACAUAUUUUUGCUUAGUAAAUAAAUAUAUUUUAUAAAUAGAGAGCCCUUCUCAUAUACAGAUGAGAACAAAAUAUAAUUAAUAUUAAAUUCAUUAACUGGUCAAGGCAAUUAAUUAGUAGAGAAUUUGAAAUCAUUGAUAGGAAAUUAUAAAACUUUCAUGAAUUUUCCAACAUUUGAUUUUGAAUAGGCUUAGACAAAGAUGAAAAAUCAAUUAAAAUAAAAUGAAAAGAAGAUACAAGAGUUUUGGAACAAAUAAAAAGUGAAAGGAGAUGUAGUAUCUAAAUCAGAUGUUCGUAAGAUGUUAAACUCUCUUUCAUUAAAUUGGUAGGAGCCCGAGAAUCUAUUUUAUUUUUUGUAAUUAUUUGAGAAAUCAGGAGAAGAUUUACAACUAAUUCCAUUGUUAGAUACUUAUGAUCCAUUUACAUUAGAAGAUCCAUCAUAACAAUAAUAAAUUACAGGACAUUAAAAUAUGAGAAUAUCAGAAGAAUCAGAUGAAGAAUUAUUUGAUAAAUAGAGUCAAGAUUAUUCACUUGAUGAAAAUGCAGCAAAGAAAAAAAAAGAUUAAGAUUAAGGAAUAGUAUUUCGUGAUGAAGGUCAAAUAGUUUAACAAUAAAGAAAAUAGUAAUAGGAAUAGGAAUAACAAUAAGAAUUUGAGUAAGAGGAUGAAGAAAAUUAUAAUGAAAAUGAAAAUUAUAAGGAAAAUGAGGAUUAACAUUAUUAGGAAGAAGAGAACCAUUAAUAAAAAGGUUCAGAAUAGGAUAAUUAAUAAAUGCAUGAUUAAUAUGAACAAGAUGAAUAUGAAUAAGAUCAUUAGGAAGAAUAGUAGGAAGGUCAUUAAGAAGAUGAAUAUUAGAAUUAAAAUUAGGAAUAUGAAAAUUAAAAUUAGGAAGAUGAUAAUUAAAAUUAAGAAAAUGAAAAUAAUAAUCAAGAAGAAUAAUAAAAUGAAUAUGAAAAUGAAGAAUUUGAUUGAUUUAUUUAAUAAGAAU